GUUGAAAGGGGCGUGAUGCUGGGUAAGAUGGCAGCCUCCGUGGCGGAGCAUGGAGAAGAUGCGUUUAGGAAACUGUUCAGGUUUUAUAAGCGCAGAAAUCCUCCUCCUGAUUUCAGCCAGGUCAUCGAUUUCUCUAAAACAGUAGAAAAUGAGAGGGUUUUUGCAACUGAGCUGGACCUUGGCAGUCUCAGUGAGGAAGAUGCUUGCGCAGCAGGACUUCGGCCUGUUAAAGACUGGAGAGCCUUCGGCCUUCAGGGAUAUCCAGGCUUCAUAUUCAUCUCCAAUCCCUUCCUACCGGGCUCACAGCGGUACUGGGUAAAGCAGUGCCUGAAAACCUACCCGCAAAAACCCAACGUGUGCAACCUGGACAUGCACAUGUCACCUACUGAGACUGAGAACAUCUGGGAGAGGAGCAUAGAGAGCAUUCGGAGGAAGGGGAAGAGGGAGCCGAGGACACUUCUGGAGAAACUUCGUUGGGUGACUUUGGGUUACCACUACAACUGGGACACUAAGACGUACUCUGCAGACCACUACAGCCCCUUCCCACUGGACCUCCACUCUCUGUCCCAGAACGUAGCUGCAGCCUGUGGCUUCCCUGGCUUUAAAGCAGAGGCAGGCAUUCUCAACUACUACCGCUCUGACUCCUCUCUCGGAAUCCAUGUUGAUGAGUCUGAACUCGAUCAUACGUGGCCCCUUCUGUCAUUUAGCUUUGGGCAGACAUCAGUCUUUCUCCUGGGCGGGACUAAACGACAGGACCCUCCCACAGCCAUGUUCAUGCGCAGCGGUGACAUCAUGGUGAUGUCAGGCUCCAGUCGGCUGCUGUACCAUGCUGUGCCCUGCAUCAUACCGGCCCCUGCUUCAGACCCCCUGCCAUCCUGCCUGGGCCAGCGCCUGGGGAAGGAGGCAGCGAGUGAUGGCCUCAUUGAGGAAGUGUCUGAAGAAGAGUGGGAGGUGUGCUCCAAGUAUCUCCUGACGUCACGGGUCAAUAUGACUGUCAGACAGGUUCUGGGACCAGGUCAGACUUUCCCCACAACACUGCCCCGUGUUGGAGCUGUAGCUGAAUCCAGUGGCUAUCAUGAGGAGUCAGGACAAAAUGCAAAGAAGAGGAAGAGCGAGUCAGGCUAUGAGGAUGACUCCUGACGUUCAUCUCGGAACCACUUUUGGACUUUCAUUAAGCUCAGAGCACGCAGACCCAACGUUCUCCAGCAGACAUUGUAACAUUGGCUUUGCAGCUGGAUUUGUUCCGUUCCAAAAUAGAACAGGCAGAAGAAAUGAACCUAUGUGAAUGAGGAAAAUGUUUUAGAACAUGAUGAGGACGUUCUAGAACUGAAUGGGGUGAACAGUCUAGAACAGCAAGAAUGGGGUGAACAGUCUAGAACACCAUGAAUGGGGAAGAACAUGCUAGAACAAUGUGAAUGGGGGAAGAUAUUCUAGAAUGGGAGAGAACACUGUAGAAUAGUGUACAACAGAGUGAAGGGGGAGAACAUUUCAGAACAGUGUAAAGGAAGUUCUAGAAUGAUAUGAGCUUGAGAGAAGAUUCUAAAACAGUGCGAAAGUGGAGAACAUUCUAGAACAGAAGGCGUAGAGCAUUCUAGAACAGAGUAAAUGGGAAGAACAUUCUAGAACAGCAUGAACAGGGGGAUUAUCCUCAAACAAUGUGGAUGGGGGAAGAUAUUCUAGAAUAGGAGAAGACAUUGUAGAAUAGUGUACAACAGAGUGAAUGGGCAGAACAUACUAGAACAUGAAGGGGGAGAACAUUUUAGAACAGUGUAAAAGAAGUAAAACGUUCUAAAAUGAUAUAAGCUAGAGAGUAGAUUCUAGAACAGCGUGAAAGUAGAAAACAUUCUAGAAUAGGAGGGGGAGAACAUUCUAGAACUGUAAAUAGGGAGAAUAUUCUACAACAGCAUGAACAGGGGGAACAUCCUAGAACAGUGUAAAUGGGGGAAGAUAUUCUAGAAUGGGAGAGAACAUUUUGGAACAGUGUAAAGGAGGUAAAAUGUUCUAAAAUGAUAGGAGCUUGAGAGAAGAUUCUAGAACAGCGUGAAAGUGGAGAACAUUCUAGAACAACAUGAACAGGGGGAACUAGAACAGCAUAAAUAGGGGAGAUUAUUGUAGAGAACCCCAGCAAACACAUGCAGGUAGGGCACACUAACGCAGCUUCUGGGGUUGCUGGAGAACGUUGGGUCUGUGUUCUUUGUAGGAAAGUCUGCUGCUGCUCUGAAGGCAACAUGAGUUCUUUAAGUUAGUUAUUUAUUUGAACAGAAUUCAUUAUUAAAGCUGUACAUAUGUGAAUAAAACAUCUUUUGGAA